AUGCACAACCCCAGCACUUCUAUUUCCUCUUGGGAUGAGACCCGAUUCCUGAUUGACAUGCAGGGGCCUAUGGACAUGACAUACACUCCAGGCUUGGCUCCUCAUUCACCGAUAUGCAAUUCUCCUGCCGAGUCAUUUACAACCCAGCGAUUUGAUAUGCUGUCUGAAAGCUCAGCCGAUAUGUCAAAUCAGUCAUACUCAGCUUCCUCAAGUCGAUCACAAUCACCUGCAUCUUCACAUGUAAAACCUCUCGACCUCACGGCUGUGCGCAAGUUGUCCAAAAGACAGAAGAACCGAGAAGCGCAACGGGCAUAUAGAGAGAGGAAAGAAAAGUUGCUUCAAACUUUAGUCGAAAAAGUCGAAAAGCUGGAAGCCGCAUACAGCGUGAUUAAAGACGAACGCGACCAGCUCCAGCGCAGACUUGACAACUUAACAAACCCUACCGGAUUUGUCAAAGACAAUGUACUCAACUUUGACGACCAAUUUGGAAAUCUAACAGAAUUCCAGUUCAACAAUUUUCUGUUCAGCAACUUACCACGGCAACACACAAUAUUGCCACUCUCAUGA